UCAAUGACAUUUAGUGUAAAUCUAUCUUGCCAUAGACAGGCGCGUUAUCCUAAACACGUUUAGGACGUAUCGCGAGAUGGUGCGAGAUUACGCGCUCGAAUAAAGCGCACGCGCAGACUCUUGCGCAUGCGAGUUGAAGGUUGCCGCUGUAGUUUUCUCUUUUGGUUACACCGGGUUUGUUUGAGCUGAACGUCAGCAGGAUCCACUGUUCGUUGUCAGUGUGAUCUUCCGCAAGAGCUGUUGGGAAAUAUCCAGAAAUGUCGGUGUCCAGUAAACGCAGUUCACCUACAGAACGUACCUUCUGACGUGACAUACAGGUGAAAACAGCUGACCUUCUCAUCGCAACAAUGGCUGGCUCUCAUGUUUUUGGCCAAAUUGAAAGUGAUGACGGACUGCCAGACUGGUCUGCGAUGAGCACACGAUUGAACUCGUUCCGGGCUUUUCCCCAUUCUGAGCAGGUUCCUGCAGAGAGGCUAGCCCGGGCGGGCUUCUACUUCACUGGUGAAUCUGAUCGAGUGCGCUGCUUCAGCUGCCUGCACACCAUUGAGAACUGGCGCCAAGGGGACAGCCCAGUAGAACGACACCACAAUGUUUCACCUGCCUGCACGUUCCUCAAGUGUGUUCAUCACAGGAGCCUUGCUGAUGCAAACUCCUCUCAGUCUCCUGGCUCCAUCUAUGACGAAGAAGCGGAAGCCAUGGAGUUCAGGUUAAGAACAGGAGAAGUGGUGGAUGAGUCAUUGUACCCCAAGAUUCCACAUAUGAAGAGUGAAGAUGCACGACUGAGGACAUUCAGCAACUGGCCCUCUUGGUCCCCAGUCCAGCCUCAUGACCUAGCACAAGCUGGGAUGUUUUAUGUGCCAGAGGCUGACAGGCAAAUAGACAGGGUGCAGUGUUUCUGCUGCGCAGGCAUGCUGGUGAGCUGGGAGGAAGGUGAUGAUCCCUGGCAGGAACAUGCCAGAGCUUACCCAAACUGCUUCUUCAUUUUGGGUCAUGAUGUGGGGAACAUCCCCUCUGAGCAGCCGAGACAGAGAAGCAGUGGUCAUAGCAGUUCAAUGGAAUCAUUUGAGGAACGGCUUGAAAGCUUCAGGGACAGAGCGCAUCCCAUCAGCCCUGAAAGGCUGGCUAGAGCUGGGUUUUCUAGCACAGGUGAGCGAGACUGUGUGGUUUGCUUCAAAUGUGGAGGACGUCUGAAGAACUGGCAGCCAGAUGAGGAUCCCUGGGAGGAGCAUGCCAAGCACUAUCCAGGAUGCAGUUUCCUGCUCGCAGAAAAAGGACAAGAGUUUAUCAACAGUGUUCAGCUAAGAAACCCUGGACUCAGCUCUUCAAAUGGAUUUUCCAGUCAUGAGAGAACAGCGUCAAAUGUACUGCAAUCAGAGAUCGCCAGCAAAGCUGUCGACAUGGGUUUUGAUCCUAUUAAAGUGGAAAGAACCAUUUUAGAACGGAUCCGUCAGAGCAGUGAGGGCUAUUCAACUGUGGAAGAUCUCAUUCAAGACAUGACCAGUGGUGUGUUUGAUAGUGAUUCUGAUAUGUGUCAGGAAACUCAGACUGAAGACCCCCUGAAGAAGCUGGAGAAGCUGCAACAUGAAAAGCUCUGCAAAGUGUGCAUGGACAGUGACAUUGCGAUCGUCUUCAUCCCCUGUGGACACUUGGUGACCUGCAAGAAAUGCUCUGAGUCUCUUAGCAAGUGCCCCAUCUGUUGUGCAGACAUCACACAGAAAAUCAAGACGUACAGCUCAUAACCUCCAGCGCACUCAAGCUCAGACAGAACUGCUGCAUUUCCCACCCAGUUAAUUAUGAGCAUUCCUUAAAAAUACACAUACAAUACAUGGAGGUUUUAGACAUGAAUAAUUGUAUUGUUUUAUACUACAGUAUAUAAUAUAGUAUAUAAUGAUGAGAAAUAUUUGUAUAUUUGGAAUACAUUAGAGCAAAUCUAUAUUACAUAUGACAUACAAAUAUACUUUUAUUAAAAUUAUUAUUGCUUAGUUUGCUUCUUGGAAAGACUAUGUAGAUCUGAGGCUGCUGUUUGGCUACAUAUCGAAUGUAAUCCUACGAUAAAUAUACUCUAAGUAGUUAAUUUAAUCUCUUUUAUAUAUUCUUGGUUGGGGCUAGUUUUUUGCCUAGAGGUCUAUGUGCAUAAUUUAGCAGCACAUCAGUCGUACUGUUCUGAAGAAAAAAACUGCAUUAGAACAUGACGCACUGUAUUGACAUGGACAAACUAUGUGCCAUUGCAGGGAAUCAAACCGAACUCUGCCUGCAUGCACAUGUAUAGACAAUUUGAUGGUAAAAUCUCAUUCAAAAACAUUUUUAAAUCAAAUUUUAAUCUGCACCCAGACAACCAAUGCUUCAGCCUCGUUAACAGAGUGCCUUAUUUUAAUGUAAUUAAUAUAAUGUAUAUUUUAAAUUUCGUUCUAAUAAAUUGUUUACAGUAGUGUUUUUAUGUCCCGACUCUGUCUGACUAGGAAAUAAUGAACAAUAAUGAAUAAUGUCUUGAUUAAGCUUUGGUUAACUUGACCUAAAUUUGUAUCAACAGUAGACAAUAAAAUGAUAUAUCAGUGACUACUA